UUUUUCAUCAAAACCGUUAGCAUGGUACCAGCCGUUUGCAUAUUUUUUCUUGCUUGUUUUAGCACAGUUCGCGCUUCGCCACCUCAAAAUAUCGUCCUGACAGUGGUUAGAGCAGUGUCUAAAUGCAAAACUGAGUUUAGCCUGAAUGAGAGUAAGGAGAGUGACUUCAAAGAAAUGCUCCUAAAAAUGAAAAUUCCGGACACUGAACAGUUCAAGUGCAUGAUGGCCUGCUUAUUGAAGGAAAUGGGGCAAUAUCACGACGGUCAAUUCGAUUUGGAUGCUUUCGAGAAGUUCAACAGGUUGAAAUGGAGAAAAAGGGAUCAACUCGAAAAGGCGAGGGAGGUGAAUGUCGUGUGCACGCAAGAAGCAUUGCAGGAUAAAGACAAUGAAUGCGAGAUGGCGUUCAACCUGAUCCAAUGCUUGCUGAGAGAAUCCCAGAGGGUCGGUUUACCUGUGACCUUUACAGGACAGACGUCAUUGCUGUGAAUAAUUGCAUCCUCUAAAUAAUGAGAAAAAACAAGAAGAUUUUUCGCAAUUAAGAAUUCAAAAGAUUUUAUUAACUUUACCUUUCAUUUAGGCGUAUGUCACGCUGUAAAUCAAAACAAUUCAAUUACAUGUUCUAACGGAUGGGAGUGUUUACGUCAAAUUUAAGUUGUUCAAAUGCAUAGGAAUAAUAAACGUAUCCUGAAUCUUU